CCGUGAAUGUUCGUCGGGAGUGGUGUGGUCCACGCGACCGUGACUUGUCACUGCCAAACCUGUCGUCGUGUUGUAAGUUCGUAAAGUGCAAGUUAUGGUGUAGUGUUUGUGUUUCCUUAAUCUGGUAACAGUCUGAUAAGGAUUCAUUAAAGAUGCCGGUCGCUCGGUCUGCUUCAGCUUCACAGCUGUCGCGUGAAAUACCAGUCAGUGCAGGAACUACUCCAACUGGUGAUGCUCCAGGUCAACCAAUACUCCAUAUGAAAGCCCAUACUCUUGACAGAUUUUCUAAACCUGCUUUGAUGAACGGACGCACUGACACUACUCGUCGCAAGCGAAGCUUCAUGUCAUUCAGGCUCACUAAGAAGGGUCCUAAGAGAAAAGAAAACGAAGAAGUCAUUCAGGAAACUAGCGGUGGUAACAACAACUGCUGUAAUAAUAACAACAGUGGGGACAGUCAGGAUGGCAGUGACACCAGCAGUGCCACUUCAGUGAAACCCAAACGUCGGCACCUCAAUCGGGUUGGCUCUUUCGUCCGGAAAGUCGCGUCUCGUGUCCAGGUCGCUGGUCCCGCCCUCGCCUCAGUAAUCCCUCCACCACCACCACAGCGUCCUAAAGCCACCUCACCAACCGUACCUGCUGAAGAAAAGAUAUCAGAUUCCAGUGCAUCAACUCACAGUACCAAUGGUAACGAGACACCUAAUCCUGGUCAAGUUCCCGCAGUUCCUGCCAAAGAUUAUAUUGUUUUCGAUGAGAAGCAGAUACCCGCCGUAAUGGGACUCAGAAACCAUGGCAACACGUGUUUCAUCAACGCCAUAAUGCAGUGUCUGAACCACACUGAUGUGCUUGCUGAAUAUUUCGUUCGGGAUACGUACAAGCAAGACCUUAAGCGAUGCAACAGGAUUGGCAAUAGGAAGAUCAACAACGGGUCUAGGAGAGGAGAGAUGACUGAACAGGUGGCAGGAGUGCUGAAGUCGCUGUGGUCACUGCGCUAUGUUCCUGACGUAUCUCUGGCGCUGAAGGCAUGUGUGGACAGACAUGAGGCGGCUUACAGGGGCAGCAGCCAGCACGAUGCUGCUGAGUUCCUCAUGUUCUUGUUGGGCAAGGUGCAUGACGAUCUCAACACAGCAAGCAAGAGGAAGUACAAGAAAAUUAAAAGUUCUCACGGCCGCCCAGACGAGGUGGUGGCCUCGGAGACGCUCAAUAACCACUUGCGCUGUAACAGCUCCUUCGUGCAACAUAUCUUCCAGGCACAGUUCCGGUCAUCGCUGCGAUGUCCGAGAUGUCAGUGUGAGAGCAACACAUUUGACCCCUUCAUGUGUGUGUCUCUGCCCAUCCCGCACGUUGAGCUCAUGCCCGUGUUCGUGACGGUUGUUUAUCUUAACCAGCAGCCUAAGCAGGUGUGCCUGGGCGUGAACGUGGUGGUGGGCAGCAGCUUCGGUGAGUUACGUCGCACGCUCGCCGCAGACUGCGGGCUGGAGCUGGCCUCGCUCAUCAUGGUCGAGGUGGACGGUAGUGGCUUCCAUCGCACAUUUGCUGACGACUGCAACGUUGACAGCAUCGGCAGCGGUGGCAGCGUGCACGCCAUAGAGUUGCCUGUAGACGCGACGCCCUCUGAAGACCAGGGGCCGUUCGUACUCAUCACGUGGCUCAACGUCGUGUCUGCUGACGACGGAUACGUCAGGUUUGGCGGAGUGUACCAGUCGCAGGUGGCUCGCGACAUCUCCUACAGGGACCUGCAGAAGCUGCUCCUCAAAGAGAUGGCCACUACCGUCACCUCGCUAACUCUCACCUCGCUGCUCGAGGAAGACGUUUUCCAAGUGCGUGUUUGUGAAGGUGACGAAGAAGGCGUGAGCAUCGCCAGCAGCGUCGAGCUUCCCUUGUACAGCCAGAGCGUGGACCAGGCGCUCGCUCUCUGUUGCCCUCACCAGCCUCAGCACCUCAAACUCCUCCUGCUGUGGCAGCCCCACAUGAAAACAAAGUACAUCGUUGACGACAUAGACCACGUGGAGCGACACAGCAGCGUGGACGAACUCAAACGCAGUCCACCCCAGCCACCACCCACUACCCUAGCAGACUGUCUGCGGCUUCAUUCGAGUGCGGAGCAGCUAAGCAGCGGCGACGCGUGGCACUGCCCUUCUUGUGACAGGAAGGAGCAGGGAGUGAAGUGCCUGAUGCUCUGGUCAGCACCACAGAUCCUCGUGCUGCACCUCAAAAGGUUUAGGCAGAAUUCUCUGAACAGCAACAGCUCCUCAAAACUGAACACGUUCGUAUCGUUUCCCUUGACGGGCGUUGAUAUCUCGGAUUACGUGGCUCAACGCAGCAGUUACUCAACAAGCGUCAACAAAAGUUCCCCUGAAAAUUGCAAGAAGGGAAUUUAUGUUGGCAACACGGAGGAGUCUAAAGACAAGAGUAUCACGAGUAUGAGCAGCAUGGGUUCAGGAGUGUGGUCGCCUUGGCGUAAGCCCAAGCGAUUACAGCAGCAACAGCAACUUGAAGACAAACACGUUUAUGAUCUUUAUGCCGUGUGCAACCAUCACGGCAAGGAUUUGCAAGGCGGGCACUAUACUGCUGUGUGCCAUAACCCGAGUUCAGGCGAGUGGUACGAGUUCGACGACAGCAGAGUCAAGGAAGUGUCAGCGGAUCAAGUCGUCACUCAAGACGCGUACCUCCUCUUCUAUCAGCGGAGGCAGAGCAACGAGAACACCGUGACGAACGCGGCCAACAAAGAGCAUUGGUCCUACCACAUUCCUCGGGACUGUCUGCCUGCGUCUCUUAACCCCCCUAUUGUCAAGCCAACUGCAGCAUCUAAUAACGCAAACAAGGACACAACUUGCAACUCUUCAACAACCACUUCUACAACAACCUCUGAAAUGACAAGCAGUGACACCCCUCCCCCUGCACCCACGUCACCCCUGCCCCUCGACCCCACAAAUGACACCGGCGUCGCGAACGGCCCCACGAACAUCGCGUGGAAGCCGUUCGAGCGCGGCCGAUCAUACGCUACGUUGCCGGGACACGGCCGAUCCAUCCUGCACACACAAGACAGCACUGAGCGCGAGAACAGCAGCGACACCGAGGCCCCGUUGGCUAUACGAGAAUCUCCUGUGAAGAAACGUAUCUCGGACGUCCAAGAGAAAAGAGAAAGUGAGGAAGAGGAGGUAGAAGGUGCGAGUCCUAUGGACACGAGCGCUCCUCAUAGUCCUGCUGCAAACUCGUCGCACGGUACAUCUUGCAAUUCUGAUUCAACAAGCAAGAUCGACUUAAACGGCGUCAACACUGCCAAAAAUGUUGCCACCACUUACGGUCUAAAAAUUGAAUCUACCAGCCAAUCGAGUGCUAAUGAGCAAAAUAGUGAAGAAAAAACAAUAAAGACCGCGGUGGUAAACUCGGAUAAACUGCCACCCCACGCACCUAAGACUGUGUACAUCUCGCGUAAUCAAGCAGUGGAACCUGUAUCGUCCAAACAAACUAAAUGUACCUGCUCGUCCUCAGUUGACGCAGAUCACAAUUGUGAUCCUCAAACAAAUCCUUCGUCUGCUUGCCUAGAAGAGACCUCAAAAUCAUCAUUACCGCUUAGCUCUGCGGCAACAGCAGCUACAAUGACAUCUAACCCCGUACCUUGCAGCCGUAGUACUCCUGAUGUGCUUAUCCAGCCUGCCAGUCCUGCUGUCAUCGCAGCGCACAAGAAGAGUGUCAUCACGGUGACGUUACGACAGCGUUCACCUUCCACGUCCUCUCAGCCUAUUUCACGCUCACCUUCGUCAUGCAGUACUACAAGUCGCGCAAGCCGAGCAAGUCUGGUCAGCCGCGCCAGUGUCGGCAGUCACAAGCUCAGCAAUGCCAGCUCUGUGAGUUCGUUUUCACCGGAGACUCUCGCUUCGAUCAUCACUGUGAACGGCGUCUCGUUGGCUGACAAUGAAGAACUUAGCGCCGAAUUUGCCAAUUCUCUUGCCGUGUCGGCACAGGCAGCGGCCGCUGCGGCAAGUAGUGCCGCCACAGAUGACAAAUACGAUGGUAAAACUUGCAUGUGCAACGAGUCGAUGACUAUAAAACGAAGCCUUACCAACGGUGAUUCUCAGGUAAGCUCGACGUCGCGCCCUCCACUACGCAACAGCCACGCCAAUAAAACGGCAAGCUACGUCCAUGUCAACUGCCCUUCUUCAUCUGCGAGUCCCCGGUGCAACGGUCGCGCUAGGGGUUCAUUUAAUCGUUCACCAAACGGGUCAAACAGAGGCAAGCUUAGUCCUUCAUCCAAUGGCUGUUCAUCUAUCUCGUCAUUGCAUUCGUUAGCAGCUGCUGACUCUCUAUACCCUUCUCAUAGCCUCAAAGAAAACCAGUGCAAUACCUCCGUCUUAUCUAAAAACUCCCGCAACACUGCCAGAUCAUCGGUCGAGUCUGUGCCUUCUAGUAAGAUUGAUGAAAGUAGUGCAAAAGUGUCCGCCGGUGGUGGAUGUCAUUGCCAUCGCUCUAACUCUAGUACAUAUAGUGGGAAUUAUAACAGCGAUAAUGUUUUGAAUUCAAUAGCGUUAAGAAAUAGCUGUGGCAACUUUGGUAGUUUAAGCAAUGGGGAUUCUGCAUGUGGUAGCAGCGGCGGCCGGUGCACCGGCCGGGACAAAGACUCUCUAGCCUGCGGUCCAGGUCGUGUAAAUCGCCACUCUAGCGGCAGCCUCGACAUAAGAAACUGUGAAUCUAGAGUCUCUCCUCGAGAGCGUUGUGGCAGCGAGUGUUUGAGUGAAAAGCCAGCCUUGAACAACAGUGGUAAGUGUUACGUUUCCUCGUGCGACACGAGAACAUGCACGUGUCGAGGUAACUUGAGCACAGCUGCUCAUGUGCCAAUUACUUGCUCCGCUGCCAUCCAACGCUCAGCAGCGUCUUUAGCUUGCUGUUCUGCCGUCCCUGACGAGUGUAAUUGUGAAGCAAGUAUGAGGGCUCGCAAUCUUACAACAGAGUCGAGUGUAUGACGCUCAAAUCGUCCUCUCCAAUCCUAUUACUAUUGUUUUUACACGCCCUCGUGGUACUCGUACUGCAGAAGAUGAGUUGUCCGUUUGAAGUUCUGUUGCCUUCUUCUCAUAUGAAGUCAAAAUUUAUUCUAAGGCUGCAGUCCACCGAAGAAAGGCUUCAUUGUUUUGCGUAUGAUUUAAAUGGCUGUUUUGUUUCUCCAGCUCAUCGAAUACAUGACUUUCCGAAGUUCAUACGGAAUUAGUGUCAGUUGCGCCUGUAAAAAAGAUUAAUAAAAGAUAAAUGAAGCGCUUGCUUCCGUAAUUUGAAACCUAGACAUUCUUUUGCUAUCGACGGUAUUUCGUGGAGACGUUCAUCCUAGGUUGCGGAGACUGAGCCAGUAUAUAUUAGGCUCCCUCUUUGGCAAUGGAUAUUAUCUCUGUGAUAGAUUGUGAAGGCUCGUGUGGCUGGAACUUUUCUAUAAGAGUCGCGUCUGUCACGCUUGUAUGUCAAUUGCAAGUGGCGGAUGACCAUGUACGAAUAGAAUUAGUAUGCAUGCUUUACUUUAAAAAGAUUAUUAAAAGACAAAAGGUAUUAAUAUAUAAAUAUUAUUUUAUAUUUCCCGUCUUCCUGUUUACGUUUCUGGCGACAAAUGUUUUAAAAUAGGUUCUCGAAUGAUUGUGUUGUAUUCAACAAAAUUGUACAGAAUUCAGAAUUUCAGCUUAAUUUUAGAUUUUCGCUUUGUUCUUUCCCCAUUCGAAACGAUGAAGCUUCAAUUCACAAGGACAAUUUUUUUACCCAUUGUUGUAUUUGAAUAAUAAUACCUUAGUUUUUUUCCGACUGCUUAAAAUGUAAGAAUUUUUUAUAAAUCCGAGUUGCAGUAUAUGUCAUCUUUGUUUUUGUGUCCUUGCACAUGUUUCGCACCUCGCAUUGUUGUGUAUAAACUGCCUCUCCUAACACCUGAUAACGUAAGGACAAGUCGCGAGUUGUCGCUUUAAAUACGAUGACAUGCCCCAGCACCCUCAAAUUCUUGGCAAUGCAUUGUUUUCUAUUCUAAAAACCAUAAUUUGAGUAUUUUAAACUGUAGUAUUAUUUCAUUUCUCGUCCGAGAGACUUUAGUUCGAAGAUUUUAUAGUUACCCUGCAUGAUCUCUGUUGAGUUGCCAAUAUAUUGUGGUUGAUAUAUAUUUAUAUAUAUACAUGAAAUUAAUUUCUUUUAACGGACGUGGAGCCUGUUCAAGUGCGCAUGAGAUUGUAUAUAUGUAUUUGUGAAUAAUUAUCUAGCAACGCAUAUGCUUUCGAAUAAAUGAUGUAUUCAAGUUUUACACGCGCUACUCCAUUAUAAUUCUUCUCAUUCCGAUGCUAUUCUUAGUUUUGCUUGUUAGGUUAUGUAUGGAAUUCGCGCAGCAUGAAUUGAUGGGACCUCUCUACUCUUCUGUUGAAUACUGAGCGUUGGCGAAAGCCUGUUGUAUAAUGGCGUACAAACUUCUGUGCAGUUCUCACAAGUUCAUUGUAUUCACUUCGUUUUAUAAUACCUAUUGUUAUGUAAGCUAAGUAUUUCCAUUUUCAUACCAUCAAUAUCAGGAACUGAAUACUAGAAAUACUAACUGCCAUCGUAAAUUUUAUGAUCUUAAACCUGGUUGCCCACAAAUGAAGAUUUUCUUGAUGGAAUUAUAAGAUGGAAGUUAUUUACCGUUGUCCAGCUCCCGGUCUCAUACACUCUGCACUUUUUUGUCAUAAGCAUGGAGCAUCAGAAAACAAUUCUAGGUGAAAUAUAAUUUUAAUGUUAUUAUAAUAUGAAUCACAUUUACUUUCAACUUCAUUUAAAUAUGCCCAGCACAUUUAUGUCAUCCAUUCCUAAUGUUAUUGAAAAUCGCUGUAUCAACUUAGAUAUUCUCUUCGUUUUCUGCCCCAUGCUUGCCACAUCAAGACUACUGGGUCUGAUCAGACUGAUCAUUAUCCAUGAGGGAAGAGGUCUUCCAUACAACCAUUGUACGAUGUCAGUUUGUUGAAUGAAAUUUCUUUGUAUCUCUAAACCUAACAUCCAUUUGAGUCCCACGCGUUAAACUGAUAAAUUUGCUAAGAACCCUCCCCCCUAAAAAAAUGACUCCAAAACUGCGAAUUUUGGGAAAUUUAUAUGCUCUGUGCAUAUGCAAAUGACAGCUCGCGACAUUUACCAACAGCUAGUUAAUUUAUUAGUUGAACUAAAAUUGUUCAACGAGGCUCGGACUGUUUCGCGCAGCCGGACACGAUUUCGCGAGUUCCAAUCGAAGAUUUCAUCGAGGCUAAAAAAAAUUUCGUACAUAGUGGUGGAAGAGGGCGUAUCUGGGUUUUAACUCAUCUCAGGUGCUAAAAAUGGGAUUUGCAGCGUUAAUUGCAAGUGUGUGUGUGUUAAGAAGGAGAUUAUAAUGGGCGAUUUUUCCACUGAUGACUUAUUGUACAGUUGCUUUUGUCUUACAAAGACACUAUUACAUAUCGUAUUGUUUUUUUUACAGUGCACUUAUUUGUACAUAUUUGUUCAGCUGAGAGGAGUUAAGUUAUAUUU